AUGCUUGCGUUGUUUUCAGUACUUCUCUCACUAUUGGUCCCGGCUACCCAAGCUAUAAUUUCCGGAGACUUUAAUUGUACUGCUUACAAUGGAACUAGUUUCGUGUGGACACCAUCAGCUGUUGCUUGCCAGAAUGUUCUAUCUGAUAGAUAUUGUGAAGCUGCCUACCCAACACGGUCUUAUCCAAAUUACCCAACAGAAAAUGGAAACGAAGAAAGACCACUUUUAUGUUAUACUCUUGGAACUGCCACUCCAUCCCCAGUCAAUAACGAUGCCAAGUCUGCAGCAAUCACCCAUUGUCCGAAGACCUGCGGACUGUGUUGUCAGACCACUGCGUACAGUUGCAAAAACCUUCAAUUUCCUCGCAUCAAUUGUGCUACAGUAACCAGAGCCAUGUGUCAAUCAGUGACGUGGCGCCAGAUCCUUGCCGACGAUUGUCCAGCGGUAUGUGGGUUCUGUGACCUCAACGGAUGUAUCGAUGCGGUGGUUGGUUGUGAUAAUGAUAUCUCGAUUUGUAAUGCGAUUGGAAUGCAAGAGUUCGUGAAUAAGAACUGCCGUAGAACAUGUAACAGAUGCUCAAUUCCGACUCCGAAUCCAUGUAGCGGAAGAUAA